AUGUCUGGAAUUCCCACGAUUGUGACGUUGGACGAGCCGCUGAGCGUGUUGGCCGUGCCCGAUUCUGAGCUCAAGAAGCAGGCUCUUGCCAAGGUCAAGGAGGCGCUGGACCCUCUCUCAGAGCAGUACUCGGUGCUUGAUCAGAUUCAUGUUCAGGAUAUGGAUGCUGAGAUGGUCUGGGCUCAGGCCAAGAUGGUUAUCGAUGGCGUUUGUGAUAAGAUGAUUGGCGAGGUGUUUCCCAAGUACGGCAAGAUCCAGCCCGACAGCGAGCAAGAAGAUGAGGAAGAGGAGAGUGACGACGAGAGCCAGUAUGAGAGCGCUCAGGAGGAGGUUCCUGGAGAGGAGGUUGUUGGCGAGGAGGAGGAUGAGGGAGUUGACGUCUUUGACGAUGGCGACGAGGACGACGAGGACGAUACUGAGGAGGACAACGAAGGCAGCGAUGUUGAUAUGGACAUGGAUAAUCUUGUUGAUGAUUAUGAAGAUGAGGAAGAAAAGGAAGACGACGACGAGGAAGAGGAGGAGGAGGAGGAGGAGGAAGACGAUUCUGGAGGGGAAGAAAAGCCCGAUAAAUUCGGUCUCAAUGAUGGCUUCUUCGAUAUCGACAAGUUCAACAAGCAGAUCAUGGCCAUGGAGGCUGACAACUUUGGAGAAGACGGACCCGACUUUGAUUGGAACAAAGAGCUCGGCGAGCAGAGCGACGACUCGGUCGACGAUAUCAAGUACGACGACUUUUUCGGCAAGGCCAAGUUUGACAAGAAGCUGCAGUACGAGCAGCGGGUUGCCAAGCGACAAAAGCUUGCCGAACAGGCUCUGGAGAACAAGGAUGAGGAGUCUGACGAUGAGUCUGACAACGAGGCCGGUUCUGACGACAACGAAGCUGACUUCGACAUGGAGGGAUCUGGGGACGAAAACGAAUACGAGGACAUGAUCAACUCUGUUAAGAAGGAUCUGUUCGAGGAAGAUAUUGCCGAAGACACCCCCGAGCAUCUGUCGACGUUUGAGAAACAGCAACGGGAAAUCAUGAAGCAGAUUGCCCAGUACGAGAAGGAAAACGUGGGCGAAAAGAAGUGGACCCUUAAGGGAGAGGCUCGAGCAGCCCAGCGAACUAAGGACUCGCUGCUGGAGGAGGAUCUGGACUUUGAGCGGGGAGCUAAACCUGUUCCGGUCAUGACCCAGGCCGUCACCGAGUCGCUGGAAGACAUGAUCAAGGCCCGAAUCAAGAGCGGCCAGUUUGAUGACCUUCCGCGACGUUUCUUUGACGACCUGCCUCAGUUCAAGAAGAGCAAGCUCAUCGAGGUCUCUGAGCAAAAGUCGCAAAAGUCUCUGGCUGAUCUGUACGAGGCUGAGGCUAUGGGAGAGACCGAACCAUCGACGACGAACGAGCCCCCUAACGAAAUGCGAGACGCUGCCCAUCGAGAAAUCGAAGACCUAUACGCCGACGUUGCCUACACCCUCGAUUCUCUGUCAUCUUGGACCUACAAGCCCAAACCCACUAAAUCCAUCCAGAUUGUCACCAACGCUCCUGCCAUCUCCAUGGAGGAGGCCCAGCCCCAGGCUCUGGCCCAGGAGGAACAGCUGGCUCCCCAGGAGGUUUACAAGCCCGAGGUUGCCGAUAAGAGAGAGCGACUGGCUGGCUCGACUGGCCUUCCUCAGACCAAGGCUGAGAUGACCCGAGAAGAGCGAAAGCGAGCCAAGAAGAAGGAGAAGAUUGCCCGAGGAAAGCAGUUGGCAGAGAAGGAGGAGCGACAGCGAUCUCUUGCGGUGCAUUCCAAGGAGGGCGAUGCCAAGGGCUCCAAGGCCCAGGUCAUGGAGACUCUGAAGCAGGGUAAUGUUACGGUGAUUGGAAAGAGAGGCGAGAAGAGAGGACUAGAUGGAAAGCUGAAGAGGGAUCAGAAAGCCAAGGAUGGUUACAGUCUGAAACUGUGA